UGCCCACCGUGUGGCAUGACCUUGGGACCAAUUGCAAUGUGCUAACCCAGGAGAACGCAGACCCUACAAAAUCAACUGGUGAACGAUAAUGGAGGGUUUUGGGAUGACCACACCGGCCACGGUCAGCGGGAAGGUUUUCCUGAUUUUCUACGGCCUGGUGGGCUGUGCUGCCACCAUCUUGUUCUUCAACCUGUUCCUGGAGCGGCUGAUCACCGUGUUGGCCUACAUCCUGAAGAGCUGCCACGAGAGACAGCUGAGGCGGAGCGGAAUGCUACCCCAAGAGAACUGCCUUGAGCCGGGCACUGCCGCCGAGGUGGACAGCUUGGCAGGCUGGAAACCCUCCGUCUACUAUGUCAUGUUGAUCCUAGGCCUGGCUGCCAUUGCCAUCUCUUGCUGUGCCUCUGCUAUGUACACCCCAGUGGAAGGUUGGAGCUACCUGGACUCCAUCUACUUCUGCUUUGUAGCUUUCAGUACCAUCGGCUUUGGGGACCUGGUCAGCAGCCAGAACAUGAGGUACGACUACCAAGGGUUCUACCGUUUUGGCAACUUCCUGUUCAUCCUGAUGGGGGUGUGUUGUAUCUAUUCCCUGUUUAAUGUCAUCUCCAUCGUCAUCAAGCAGUUUCUCAACUGGAGCCUGAGGAGGCUGGAGUGCCAAUGCUGCGUCCGGUGCCAGAGGAAGUUCCUCAGGCCCGGGAGGAACGCCGUGGCUCCCUGGCUCACCAGGAGGAAGAUCUCCAUCGAGACGGACGCCUUCAACGAGAGCGAGGCGGCGGAUGGGCGGCGGCUGUCUGGGGAAAUGAUCUCCAUGAAGGACCUCCUGGCCUCUAACAAGGUCUCUUUGGCCAUCAUGCAGAAGCAGCUGAUGGAGACGGCGAACGGUUACCCCAGGGUGAGUGGGCACCCCCACCACCAACCCCGGCAAAACGGCUUCUCCGAGGGGGUGGGCGCCCUCGCCAUUAUGAACAACCGCCUGGCAGAAACCAGCGUGGACAGAUAGAGGGACAGCUGGGAGCAACGCCCCCCCCCACACCGACUCCCCCAUACUCCACAUCAAUAUCACUCCAAAAGCCACAGCCUUAAAGACUGUCUAGCCUUUUUUUUAUUUAACAAAAAAGAAAAAUAAAUUAAAUAUUUCUGGA